AUGGGUGGUUGUCUGUCAUCACCGGCUCAUGCCUCCUUGGCGAGCACGGCGGGCGACUCAGCGCCGGAGACGGUCAAGUCCAAGGCUUUGGACAGGCAGCUGAGGGAGGAUGAGAAGCACAUGUCGAGAGAGGUCAAGCUUUUGUUGCUAGGUGAGUAAUGAGGCGACCUUUGGCCAAUGAUACACCUGGCUCGCGCGUGGUAUCACAAGCAGGUGUGGGCGACAGCUCGGCGGAACGCACCACAUUUGGCUGGGUAGUGGAGUGAUGGAGGCGCAAACCACCUUCCACACGCUGGCUUGCAAGCUCGAUAGCUUUGCAAGAGUCCAAAUUGGUGCGCGCAGCAGCCGUCAUCAAGUGAAGCUGCAGAAGGUGGCGCUUGCCGACGAGGAUAGGGUGUGCAGCUCACUCACGCCUUGAUCCCACCCAUUCUCGCGGACCAGGUGCGGGCGAAAGUGGCAAAUCAACAAUUUUGAAGGUGAGAGCGACAUGAGAGGCUCAGCUCGAAGCGCAUCCCUCACACAUGAAUCUGACGUCAUGAUCUUUGACUGCAGUCCAUGCGCUUGAUCCACUCCAUACCGUUCACGGGUGCGGAAAAGGAGCACUAUAGGAGGUUGGUAUUUGUGAAUCUGGUACAGGGAAUGAAGCUGCUACUCGAUAUGUUGGAAGAAUGGGAAGGGACGUUCGAGCAUCCUUCGCAUGUAGUAAGUGUUCUCGCGCUCGAUGAGCCCUCGGACGUUUGUCAUGCGGACGGGAGGAGGCUUGCUGACCUAGCAUCGUGCUACCGGGCGCUGUAGAACCUGUUGCCCCUCUUUAUCACAUAUCCGGAUAUCGCGGAGGACGAGCCCUUUCCUGCAUCAUAUUUCGAGCCUUUGAGGCUACUGUGGAACGACUCUGGUAUUCAAUCCGUCUUUAAGCGAGGAAACGAGGCUGCGGUGCCCGAAAAGUGGGUCGCACGAGCACGAGCACGAGCACGAGCACGUGGAGUGAUUAUGAUUGGCUGACAGAAUCUGAUCUCUCUUGGUGAUCGUCUUUACAGCAUGUCAUAGUGAGUAGUCAGGGUGAUUGGCACCGCGGGGGAGGCGCGCUCAGACUGAUCCCGCUGCCAUUUUCCCAGCUUCUUUGCCGACCUCGAUCGACUUUUCAACCCCUCUUAUAUCCCGACUGAUUCUGACAUCCUGCGGUGUAGAAACAAGACGACGGGAAUAAUCGAGACUACCUUCCCAAUCGAUGACCGAGUGUACCGGUAAGUGGUCGUUGACGUACCUGCUAGUACUUUGUGCUCAUGCUGUUCUUACACUACAUGGUACGCAGAAUCUUGGACGUCGGCGGACAGAGGUCUGAAAGGAAGAAAUGGAUUCACUGUUUCGAGAAUGUCACGGCCGUCCUCUUCAUCGUUUCCUUGAGCGGCUAUGACAGCUGUCUGGUCGAGGAUAGAGAUAGCAAUCAGAUGCAAGAAUCUUUGAUGCUUUGCGAUUCAAUCUUCAACUCCAAAGUGAGUGCGACGGGCUAGACCGCCUUGUAGCUCCUAAGCUGAUAAAGAGGUCGCAACGCACCUCUCAGUGGUUUGUCCGCACAUCCAUGGUGAGUCAAGCUCUCGUAAGAGUCGCAUCGCCGCACUUAGGGCUCACGAAAUAUUGGGCCCCCCUCAGAUUCUCUUCCUCAAUAAGGUGGACGUCUUCCGGACGAAGAUUAUGCACUCAAGCAUCAAGGCAUAUUUCCCAGAUUACGAUGGUGAGUCUUCAGUCAGCACUGUGGCACGGAUCUGGCCGAAAGCCGUAUCACGGUGCUGAGACCCAAUUCCUUGCAAACUCGCUCUAGGCGACGAUCAAGACUUCAAUGCCGCUCGCGGCUAUUUCAAGCAGCGAUUCUGCAGACUGAACAGAAGCCAGACAAAGGAGAUCUACCCUUCAUUCACAAAUGCGACCGAUCCUGGGUUGCUCAAGAUCGUCAUGGCGUCGGUCACAGAUAUCAUCCUUACCAGCAGUCUUCGAGAAAGUGAGUAUAGCGCGAACUGCGCCAAAUCAGGAAGAGGCCUGUGCGCCUCGAGUUGCGUGCUGACAAUUGUUCUCCUACAUGGUGGGCCACCCGGCCAUUUUCUCUGAUAGACAUGUUCUGA